AUGUGCCAGUAGUAUAUAUAGCGAGACAGGCUCUGGGAAAGGCCUCUGGCAGACAGAAUGAAGUGGCUGGUCUCUGUGAGUUGCCUGGCGCUACUGCUGGUCCUUGCUUCUGCAGAUCUCCUUGAUGGGGUCUCCAGUCAUGAUGAGGAUGCCGUGAGGGGGCUAGAGCUCCAGCAUGCUGAUGUGGAGCCCUUCCCCUGCCCAUGCCCCCCAACAGAGGGGCAUGGCAGCCAGACCUCCUCCAACGACACCCCCGCCCCAGAGAGAACCCUCUGUCAGCCCUGCAACCCCCCACCCUCUCUGGAGAAAGUAGAGGAUGAAGAUCAACCUGCCUCCGAAGAGGACGAGGAGGAACAAGCAGCUGCAGCAGGGGGAGAUGUCUCUGUUGAAGGACUGGACAGUGAAGAAGAGAUAGGGGUGGACGAGGCGGCUUCCAGGGAGGAGUUGGUUGUGGAUGAGGAGCUGAUGCUGGAGGAAGAUCUCCUGUCAGAGUCCACAGAAGAGGCCGUAGAGCUUGAGGAGGGGGAGGUGGAGGAGGUUGGUGUUGAGGAAACUGCAGAUGUAGAAGCUGCCCAAGAGGAUGAAGAAGUGAUGGAACAGCUGGAAGCUAACGACGUGGAAGAUGAAGAAGAGGUAGAAGAAGCUGCUGGAGAAGACACUGAGGAGGAACCGAUCAGUGGAGAACCACAGGAGGAAGCUGAGGCCAUUGAGCCAGAAGAGGAGGAUACAUCUGAUCAUCUCGUUGUGGACACUGUGCAUGAAGAGGCCAUCGCUCAGGCUGUUCUCGAGGAACAGGUGGAAGAGGAGGAACCGGAGGCUGAACUGCUGGAGGAUCCAGAAGUGACAGAAGCAGAUGUCCUCCCAGAACCUGAAGUGACUCCAGAGGAACCGAUCCCAGAACCAGAGGCUGCUGUGGAGGAGGUAGCUCCAGAGCCUUUGGACGACUCUGCAGCUGUGGUGGCAGACGAGGAGGCUCAGGUGGUUGAAGAUACCGUGGCUGUUGAAGCGGUCCCGUUGGAGGAGGCUACAUUAGAGGAGGCUCGAGUGGAGGAAGCUACAGUAGAGGAGGCUACAGCGGAGGAGGUCACUGCGGAGGAGGCUCCAGUAGAGGAGGCUUCAGUGGAGGAGGCUCCAGUAGAGGAGGUCACAGCAGAGGAGGCUCCAGUAGAGAAAGCUUCAGUGGAGGAGGCUCCAGUAGAGGAGGUCAUCUUCGAGGAGGCUCCAGUAGAGAAAGCUCCAGUGGAGGAGGCUCCAGUAGAGGAGGUCAUCUUCGAGGAGGCUCAAGUGGAGGAGGCUCCAGUGGAGGAGGCUACAGUGGUGGAGGUCACUGUGGAGGAGGCUCCAGUAGAGGAGGUCACUGCGGAGGAGGCUCCAGUGGAGGAGGUCACUGCGGAGGAGGCUCAAGUGGAGGAGGCUCCAGUGGAGGAGGCUACAGUGGAGGAGGCUACAGUGGAGGAGGUCACUGCGGAGGAAGCUCAAGUGGAGGAGGCUCAAGUGGAGGAGGCUACAGUGGAGGAGGCUACAGUGGAGGAGGUCACUGCGGAGGAGGCUCCAGUGGAGGAGGCUCCAGUGGAGGCGGUCCCAGUGGAGGAGGUCACUGUGGAGGAGGCUACAGUGGAGGAGACGAGUGAAGAGGCGAAACCUGUUAAAGCCCGUAGAGAGGGCCGCCCUCUGAGAGACAGGACCCACAUUGACGAGACGCUGCGAUUGACCUCCUCCGAGCCUUCCACAGAGUUCUCAGCUGCCAUGAAGAAGCUACUGAGCAUCUAUCACAGCGCCAUCAAGCCCAUGGAAAAUGCAUACAAGUACAAUGAAAUGAGGCAGCACCAAGUGUCGGAUGGUGAGAUCACGUCCAAGCCCAUGGUAUUGUUCCUGGGUCCCUGGAGUGUGGGCAAGUCAUCCAUGAUCAACUACCUGCUCGGCCUUCACAGCAGCACCCAGGAACUCUAUACAGGCGCUGAGCCGACCACCUCCGAGUACACGGUGGUGAUGCACGGCGACAAGUUCCGCAGUGUGGAGGGCAUCGUCAUGGCGGCCGACAGCUCGCGCUCCUUCUCCCCUCUGGAGAAGUUCGGCCAGGGCUUCCUGGAGAAGCUGGUGGGCAUCGAGAUGCCCCACCCGCUGCUGGAGAGGGUCUCCUUCGUGGACACGCCCGGGAUCAUCGAGAACCGCAAGCAGCAGGAGAGAGGCUACCCCUACAACGAGGUGUGCCAGUGGUUCAUCGACCGCGCCGACCUCAUCUUCCUGGUGUUCGACCCCACCAAGCUGGACGUGGGCGGGGAGCUGGAGAUGCUCUUCAAGCAGAUGAAGGGCCGCGAGUCCCAGAUCCGCAUCAUCCUCAACAAGGCGGACAACCUGGCCCGGCAGGACCUGAUGCGGGUGUAUGGCGCCCUGUUCUGGAGCAUGGCGCCCCUAAUCAACGUGACCGAGCCCCCGCGCGUCUACGUCAGCUCCUUCUGGCCGCAGGACUACGCCCCCGACACCAGCAAAGAGCUCUUCAUGAAGGAGGAGAUCUCCCUUCUGGAGGACCUCAACGAGGUGAUCGAGAACCAGCUGGAGAACAAAAUCGCCUUCAUCCGGCAGCACGCCAUCCGCGUGCGUAUCCACGCGCUGCUGGUCGACCGCUACCUGCACACCUACGCCGAGAAGCUGGGCUGGUUCAGCGACCCCUACGAGGUCACCCGGGACAUCGUGUCCGACCCGGACAAGUACUACAUCUUCAAGUCCAUCCUGGCCAAGACCAACGUCAGCAAGUUCGACCUGCCCGCCAAAGAGGCCUACCAGGACUUCUUCGGGGUGAACUCCAUGUCGGGCUUCAAGCAGCUCUCACAGCACUGCAGCUGGUCGGGGGGAUGCCUGCUGGAGAAGAUCGAGAAGGCCAUCACCGAGGAGCUGCCCGCCCUGCUCAGCAGCGUGGGGAGGAUGUCCGCGGGGCCCGCCAAAGCUGCGCCCGCCGCCGCCGCCCCGCCGCCGCCGUUGCCCGGAACCUGCGAAGGCGCCGGCUGCACAGAGCAGCCGAAGAACCGCUGGCGGAAACAGUGAGACGGAGAGAGAGAGAGAGAGAGGAAGAGGAGGAGAGCGGUGGAGAGGAAGUUAAAGAGAAAUAAAGGAAAGAUGGAGGGAGAAGGACAGUAGCCACACGCUUCACACAGGUGACAGCGCCCCCCCCCUGGUCACUGUAUUUGUCUACUGGGAUGACGGGCGCCACAGAGAUGGGAAACCAAAGAGGGGCCGGUAUGGCUACAGCACACCUGGGAUCAGAGAGUCAUGAGUGAUCCUUCCUCUUCUCGUCGGUUUUUGUCCCGGAUCCAGCACUGCAUUGGCAGCUUAUGGCUGCAUCAGCGAGAGAGAGAGAGAGAGAGAGAGAGAGAGAGAGAGAGAGAGAGAGAGAGAGAGAGAGAG